CCACUAAUUGAGAUUCGCAAACGUGAAAUGGUGUAUGCGUUCCUUUGUUUUUUUUAUAUCUGGCCGAAUCAAUUCCGAUGACAGAAACAAGGACAGUUAACAGCUUUUAAGAAGAAGAGGAAGAAAAGGAAGAAGAAACAGAGUCGUGUUACCAAAUGGAAAGCAUCUUAGCAUCCAAGAUCGAGAAAAAGAGCAUCAACGAACAACGAGAUUGAGGUUAUCGACGGAGAGACGCUCGCGCGCCAUCUCUCGGCACGCAGCGCAACCAUGACGUCACGAGGAAACGUGGUCGUGCGUGGCGCGAGAGUGCGCGAGUACGAGCGAACGAGAAUGGGACAUGGGACGAUAGAUUUUUCGACUUAACGUGUGUGGAUCGUUUCGGUUGCAAAAUGAGCAGCCACGCGACGAUGGCGACAACGUCGACGAGGAUGUACCCGGUACAACCGUUGGUCGUCCUACCCGCGAAGUUUCCGCACUCGAGUUCCAUGUACAAAAUGCGAAAUAUUCACGAAGAUACGAUCGACGACACUCGGCCCUGUCGCCACGAUGCCGCCAAUACCACCGCCACCGAAGCCAAGAUGCCCGACGACGUCGUUGUCUCGCAGGUUAUCCGCCUUCUGCAGGUACCUUUACCAGAAUAUGAAUUAUUAGAAGCUAGACAAGAGAAAAUUCUUAACCAAUUGGCAGAACUCAAAAAGCAAGUCUCUACACUAUGUCAUUUCUUAAAACAGUCUAAUCAAAUGGAAGUGAAACAAUCUAAUCAGACGGAAGUGAAAGAUUCUGUACAAGUCCAGAAACCAAUCAUCAGCCACCUAGUAUUGAAUGUCAAUCCAAGAAAACCGCCGUAUUCAAUAUUGGCUUUGCAGAAACUUUGGAAAGACAUCCACUUUAAUGUGAUAUCGCAUAUUCAUUCUACUAUGAAGGAUGAAAUACCUAUUAUUUUUCCUAAGCGGAUUCUUCCUUCUAAAAAAGCCAUACAAUUAAUAUUGAUAUGGAAAGAUGUUCCGGACAUGGAGAUAGUUGUAAAUACGUACUCCUGUCCCAUAAGAGGUGAAGUCAAUUUUCUUAGAUUAAUGAGCAGAUUGAUAGAAUCGCACAAUUACGAGAGCACGUGCUCGCAACCACAAACAUUGGACUUUGCGCUUGACUUCGCCAAUUUCUUACACAGUCAACAAUGUAUAAAAGAUGGAUUGAUUACAUUAGCCAAUGAAUUUGAGAAAUGGUCUUGCAAGGGUGGAUUCAACAUUGUAGAUAUUGCAGUGUGGUCUCUAAUUAAACAAUUUCACGAAACAGAUUUACCACCAGUUCUUCACAAGUGGUACAUACAAUGCGAAAAUUUUUUUACUGACGAUUAAUAAUUAC